UGCCUUGAAGAUGUAAGAAUUGCGUUACCAAGCGACGACGACACAAGGUAUUUCGUCUUGUGCGGACUUGGGAAAAACUUACGUUAUAGAUGUUAUGGCGGUUAUGGAUUACCGAGUACAAAAUAGCGAACAACUGGGGUAAUAGGAUGGUGAAGUGCGUUGCUGCAAGCUGGCGGAGUUAUGUGUGAGGCGUGUGAGGUGACCGAUUGUCAGUGUAGUUGUAAGGGUUGUGAGCAUUUAAUGUCUUGGGAUUUAAAAUUCAGUGAAAGCAUACAGACAGAAGGAAAUGUCUUCUUUUUCUGUUAAUUUGUAGAGAGUAAUUUACAUUUUUAUAUGUAGUGUAAACAAAACUUGAAUUUGGCUCUGCCUGGUUGUGUUUUGUGUUUAAAGAUGUAGGAAUCAGAAUGCCCAAAAAGAUGAUCACAAAAAGUUGUCCAAAAUGUGUCCAGCAGCUGCCAGUAGCAUGCAAGGCCUGCCCAUGUGGACAUAAUUUUUUCUCUGCUCGCCGUGCGGUUAUUACAGCACAAGCAGCAGAAGUGAGGGAUGAAGGUAUUACCAAACGGAGGCGAACAGAGAGAGUGAAGCGAGGAAAACCUAAUUAUUAUGAUGCCCUGGAAUAUGAAAAACAAACAAAAAAGCAGAAACGGAGUCGGAAUACUAGUGACAUUCAUGGUGAACAGCACAGAAAAGGAGACAGCGUAGAAGGCCAGCACAGACUUAAGAAAAAGAGAAAGAAGAAAGCCUCAGUUGAGAAAGAACACGAGGAGAAAGAUAUUUCAUUAUCAGCAGUCUCUCCUGAAAAUAGCCUCAAGUGUUUUGUCAUUCUUGCUGAAAUAAACAGAAAGAUUGGCUCCACAUCAUGGAGGGAAUAAUAGUGUUCUAAUCUACUUACGUGUAGUGCAUCAAGGCAACUGAUUUAAUGUUUGUAUAGAAAAGAAACACAAUAUGUAUUUAUGCUGUAUAUGUUUGACUUACAUCUGUAGAUCACUGUGGUCGCGGUGCAAGGGCCCACCCCUUAUACAUUUAUUCAUUACAUCUAUAUUGUUGCAGGAAUAGUGAGAAAAUGCAAAUUUGGUUUGUAAAUUGAAGGCUGAUUUGAUCUGAGCAACAUAACCAUUUUUUUUAUAUUAGUCUUAUUCAGGUAUUCUGAAUUGCAGUGUUUGUAUUGGACAGUAUCAACAGAAAUCAGGUGGAACUCAGCCUUCCUAUGAUCAUUUAUUCUGCUGUUGUAUUACUUCAUUCUAAAGAUGUCUGUAUGAGAUAAAAACUUACGUUUCUUCCAUCUCCAUUACAUCCAUUGGCAUUUUAUUGGUAAUUAUUUUAUGAUAAAUGGAGUAUUUAUGUUUUCAUAGUGAAAGUGACUUAUAGAGAAGUCUUGUGUGUUAACUUUGAAUGAAUGAACCAGUUCUGGGGGGAAUUGUUCUGUUUAAUUUUAAAUCUUUGUCAGCGGCACCAACAAUCUAAUUAGGACAGAAGCAUUUCAUACAAUUCUUCAGCCUUAUAAAUCUUCUGAAGCAACAUUCAUUGAGGUGAUUUUAAUCAUAAAUGCAAACUAAUAGCAUGGCAACUGUAUAAAUUCACGUAAAAAGUUGUUUGUGACAGAUAUGUAAGUUGAAGAGUUUUUUUUUUUAAUGUAUCAUUAUCAUCCAUUGCUAUCAUCAUUGUUGUCUUGUGAUAAAAUCUCGUUGAGUGUAAUUUACAACCAUAAUUUGUACAAACAGAUUUCUUGUAUGUUAAGGCAGGGUGGGAACUGUUCAUUAAAAGGAUUGUGAUAUUUCAGUGUUCAGAUAGUGCUGUAGAAACUUUGAAAACGUUGUUAACCAUUAUCAACAGAACGAGAGAAUUCUGGUGUUUUGCUAGUGAAUGUACAAAUUUAGUUCACCUCUUGUUGAUUUUGAAAGAAUGCCCUGCUGUAGCGGUAAAUUUUAUGUAAUUGUCAUAUUCUAAUAAUUUCAGUUUUAUUCCAAAAUUACAUUUCCACAGGUUACACAUUUUUAAAAAAUCUAUACCACCCAGAAUUUCAGACUCCCUCAAAGUACAACAUUUAUAUAUCACCACAGCAUAGUUAAUGUUGAUGUUAAGUGUUUAAAAUAUGGUAUCUGUGUGACUUCAUAAUCUUCCUGUCUGCUUUCAUAGAAACUUGCAGAUUGGUUCAGAAAAUUAAUUAGUGGUGAAACCAGACAGGUUGUUUCACUUUUGGAAACCAAAAUAAAUCAUGUAUUAACUUUCCAAGAACUGAAAUAAGGAAAUAGGACUGUGUGUUUUAAAUAGUGCAGCCCUUUAAAAACUGCCACCAGAUUUCCAGAUGUUUGUGCUUGAUGUCUCUUUGUACGUGAAUGUUUUGUUAAUGGUAAAGGUGAAUGCCAUUCUCCCAGUUUGAUGGUGCCGUCUGUGUUAGUUUAUUUGUGUCCAUAUCCUUUUAAGCUAACGGUGUCAUUUCCUGCAUUGAAGUGAACUUAUCUCAGUCAGUGCAGAAUCAGUGGCAGGAAGUUUCUUAAAUCUAUUAAAUAUAUGAGUAGUAUUGAUUCAUAGGAUUCUUGAAACACUUUUGCCUUUACACCAGAAAGUCUAAAGGACGUGCUGUAUUUGCACACACAGUAUUCCCUUUUAACAUGGGAUUAACUUGAUUUUGAUUAUAUAUCAUGUUUAGACACCUGCUUUAGAUGACACAUUUGGAAGUGCAUAUCUAGUACACAGAUUUGGGCACAACUGAGAUCACAUCGUACCCAUGCCUACUGCCCAGCCUCAGUGAUGCCAUGACUUUCACUGGAAGAACAUCUAUGCAAGAUAAUUCACGAACUUGGAAUAUCCUUCUGGGAUAUAAUGCCAUGUAGUCUGUUGAAAGUCAACUGUCAUUUAAGAGAAGCAUGUUACCUUGAUCUUCAGAGUCAGAGAAUAAGCCAGGCAAGUAACCAGCAUGAUGCAGGCACCAAGUGGAGCCCAGGGCUGAAGACACCAAGCAAGCAAUCAGCGGGAAGCAGGUAGCAAGCCGAGCAACAUGUUCCUCUAAAACGUUGGUUCACUUUCAGUGGACUACACAGUGUUAUAUCGCAGAAGAUGGAACUCUUUGUAAUCACCACUGUGAGAACCUCGUAUCCUACAACUUUCCCUUUUUAUUUGUAUAGUACUGUAUUCUUUAACCCUUAAAUAUUGUUUCAGAGUGUAAAUAUAGUGAUACUGUUGCAAAAUGAGUUAGAAAAGUAAUGAUCCUGAACAAAAAAUUGACAUGGUUUAUAAUAUACGGCAUGGUUAAAGUGUAGCGUCUGUUGGAAGGCAUUCUCAUGUCAACAAAUCUUCUAUCAGAAGUAUUAAACUUGAUGCUCUAUAGUCAUGACACUGACAGUGUCGUUAAAUAAAUUUUCAAAAGAAAACUUAAAUAGAGUCUAGCAAAGCUAUGACUGAUGUGCAGAAAAAUCUGAGAAGGCACUUUCUUUGUAUACAGCAUGUUUUUUUAUUACCAUGUUACAGUGAUUUCUGAUAUUUAUUUGUAUGUACAGUAGGUAUAAAUAAAAGCCAAUUGUUGUAA